AUCUGGUAGUGUUGGCGCUCUGCUUCCUCUCUCAUUUCCCACACAAUUCUGAAGUCUGAACAGAUAAGGCUUCCCUCUUGUUUCUGCUCGAGCUCCUCUCUCUCUCUCUCUCUCUCUCUCAUGAGUCGAAAAAGUCUCUCAUCUUAAGAUCUCAUUAACCCACUCUCAUUGGCUCGUUCUCUUGUUUCUUCAAUCAUGGGUUCUAAUGUACUCCCGCAGGCUCUUGUUUCAGUCCCAAGGACUGUGUCUCCUUGUUCUUCAAAGAAGCAGCUACGGGUCUCUACUGUCUUUUCCUCUCGUUGGUCUUCCUUCAACUCUAACAGAAUUACGGUUUCUAGGGUUUCUUCCAGUGGAUUUGGCUUGAAAGUAGAUCCAAUUGCCGCUCGACGGAACAAAUUACCAUUCGUUGUAAAGGCUGAAUCCAAUUCUGAGGGAGAAGUUAUUGAAACUACUGACAAUUCUGAACCGGAGGAGACAGCCAAUCCUGAAGUCCCCGCCGCAGAAACUGAGGUAGAAACAGAGGCCGAAGCUGCAGCGGUGGACGCUGAAGCAAAACCGCCUAGGAAACCCCGGAUCAAGCUUGGAGAGAUAAUGGGGAUUUUGAAUAAGAGAGCUAUUGAGGCAUCAGAGAAGGAAAGGCCCACUCCGGAUAUCAGGACUGGAGAUGUUGUAGUGAUCAAAUUGGAAGUCCCGGAGAACAGGCGUAGGUUGUCCAUCUACAAAGGUAUUGUGAUUUCCAAACAAAAUGCUGGAAUCCAUACUACAAUCCGAAUUCGGAGAAUUAUUGCUGGUAUAGGAGUUGAGAUCGUCUUCCCUCUGUACUCGCCAAACAUCAAAGAGAUAAAAGUUGUUAGCCACAGGAAGGUAAGGAGAGCAAGGCUGUACUAUCUGAGGGACAAGCUCCCAAGACUCUCAACCUUCAAGUAAAAUAUCAUCUUAGGAACUUUCGGCCUUCUUGUUGUUGCUUUCUCUCAAGGAUUGUGAGAGCUGUAGUUUCUUGUCAACUGUGAAUCAAUGUUAGCCUUUUGUGGUAAAUGGUUGGUGUUCGUGGAAUGAACCAAUAUUCUGGCAAUUUUUUUAGAAUGGAGGGAAAGCCUAUUGGCGUUUGUCGAUCA